AUGUGAAACUCACUACUGGACUUUUCUUAAACACCGCUUAUGUGCCUUUCAUGUAAAGGUGUGUGAGGCCAUGCAACUCCAGAUAUUUCAGUAUGACACCUUCAGGAGGCAUGCAAGGAAUUACAUGGAACCGGCUAUUGUUCACAAGUGGAAGAUGGAUCAGCAGCAUCAUUUCCAGCAACAGUUGCGCCUUGGUGGGUCAGUUGCAGUGGGAGGAGAUAUGAGGGCAGAUUCUCCAGGGCACUCAGCUAAGUUUGGCAGCUACUCAUUAAUGAAUCUGGAGAGCAACACCAUUAUGGACAUUCAACUUGUUCAGAGCAAUGAAGUAGGCGGCAGUUACCACAUGGAGAAGGAGGGACUCAAAAGAUGCCUAGAUCAUCUGGAGGCAAACGGAUUUAAGGCGGAUUACAUUGUUACAGACCGCCAUCUACAGAUCCAGAAAUAUCUUAGGGAACGGAACAUCACGCAGUUCUAUGACGUCUGGCACUUUGAGAAAGGUUUGUCUAAGAAACUGGAGAAAGCAUCGCACAAAGAAGACAUUCUUAAGAAAUGGCUACAGAGCAUCAAGAACCAUGUGUACUGGUGCGCUACGUCAUCAACCACUGGACCGGAAAAAGUGGCAAAGUGGACAUCGCUGCUAAAUCACUUGCAAAAUAUUCAUGAUCAUGAAGACCCCCUUUUCCCCAAAUGUCUGCAUCCUGAACGAGCGUCGAGGGACCCCAACAAAUGGCUACAACCUGGGUCAGUUGCACUUCACAAAGCUGAGAAACUACUGCUUAACAAACGAGUCCUGAAGGAUGUAGCAAAACUCAGCCAUCAUCACCAGACGUCAUCGCUGGAGUCAUUCCACAGUCUGAUACUGCGUUUUGCUCCAAAGAAUGUGGUUUUUCCCUUCAUGGGAAUGUUGUGCAGGUUGUAUCUUGCAUCAAUGCACCACAACGAAAAUGCUUCACGGGUGCAAGCUACGACUUCUGCAGGGCAGGCUGUUUAUAAAGUUGUCUAUCCAAAGGCGAAGAUGGGGGAAGGUGUUGUGAAGCCCGUGAAAACGGAUCCAACAUUCAACUAUGUACAUGACCUCAUGAGGCUGCUCAUGGAGGUUUUUGAGGACCCAACAUCAUUUGACGAGGAAAUGAAGACUAUCCCCAUCCCUCCAGACCUUUCAGCAGAAAAUACACGCACUCCGAAGGCUGAGCUGGUUGCCCGUCACGUCUCCCGCUUCAAUCUAGAGGUGGUCUGAAGCCUACGUAGUCACCAGAUGGGAACUGCUGCCGUAUCCGCUGCACCACACAUGACGGGAGGACGACCCGACAACUAUGUCCUAAAUAUCCCCAGCACCAGCUUACAAAGCUGCGAUAGGCAAGAUGCCUGAAACGCCUAAGGGAAAAAGAGCAGAACUUUCAGACCACCUGUUUUCAACAAUAACCUCUUAUAGGCUGGGCCUACACUGGGCCUUACUGUGCACCCCCCACCUCCCAACGAAACCAACUAUUUUUGAAUGGUCUGACCAUGCUGAACAUAAAAAAUAGUUGGCUUCGUUGGGAGGUGGGGGUGCACAGUAAGACCCCGUUGCUCGCGGCCUAAUAGUUUUAUUCAGUUUUUCUUCUAAUGGUAAAUUGAUUCACAUAAUAUUAAUAGUAUAAUAUUGCUUUGGUUUUGUUUAGUAGGAGCUUAGACAAAAUGACUUACUCUUCAUCUGUUGUGUGCCUCACAGGUCCAUAAUCAUACUUGUAAAUAUUGUAAAUAUUUUGUAGACUGUAUAUGUUUAGACACACAGGCUCCAGGCCUGGAUGUUGUGUCAUACAGGUAAUUGAUUCUGGCACUUGGCUCAUUCGUCGUAGUACCUAAUAAAUACAAUAAGACAAAAUAA